AUGAUCAUUUGUGGAAUACCUUUCUCUGGACGAUCCACUUUAUUACGUCUCAUUCGAAAGUUGGAUGUUACUAAAUUAUUGAGCGAUCAUACGGUGGAUUCAUCAAGUUCGGGAUUUUUAUCAUUGGCAACAUCUUUGGUUUCUUCUGCAUUCGUGCCUAGUACGAACUCUACAGAUUCAUUUACAUACAAAAAAGCAGUUCAAUUUGCCAUUCUCGCUUCAUGUUUGAAUGCCAUGCAACUCAUCUUGCAAGAAAUAAAAACAAUACCACAAGAGGAUGAUCCCUUUUCUGCAUACAAUAGUGAAGACAAGAAAUCUGUGUCUAAAUGGACUGAAUACGAUGAAUUGAUUAAUACCUACGAAGAACAAGUGAAUUGUGUGAAUGGUAUUCACACAACCAUCAAUGCACCCAUAACUACAUGGGACAGAAUAUUGGAUCAAGCUCCACAAAUUGUCAACGCCAUUGAAGAUUUAUGGAGAGUGCCUGUUGUGAAAUUAGCCUAUCAGAAAUUAAUGCAAUCUUCCUUUUUCACUCCCUAUACAUCGAACAAUCACACCACACACAUCUUCAAAGAAUCAAAUGUAAAAGGAGAAAAUAUUCAUGAAUUAUUUGACAAUUUACAUAUCAUUAUGAAGUCAAAUUAUAACUUUUCAGACAGUUUACAUUCGAACAGCAAAAUAUUGCAACUGGUAUAUUCAUCUUAUUUAUUGGAUAAUACUUUUCAUGACUGGAAAUCAUCACUUGGAUCAGAUGAAAAGAGUAAUCCUAACGUCAUUGUUGAAAACUCUCCUUCAGUGACGAAAUUUGGAAAGAGACGAUGGUGUGUGAAAAUGAUGAACGCACAAAUGAAUUACACUUGGAGCUCUCUGGAAUUUCAAGACAAGCCAAAUCUUGCUCCCAUUGUAGUUUAUUUAAUCUCAUUGGCAGAUAUUGAUCGAUACAGGAAGAAUACUCCAAUUUUUGACAGUCACGUGAAAUAUUUUACAUCUUUGCUUUCAGCUCCAGGCACACAAAAAGUAUUACUUUUUACCAAGGUUGACAUUUUUGCAAACAAGAUCAUGUCUGGUAAAGUCAAAGUUUCUGAAAUAUUUCCAAAUUUUGUGGGGAAUGAUCGUGACCCAUUGAGAGUGUUUGAAUAUAUAUUCAACAAAUUUUGGAUUCCAUGUCGAAAGUAUCACGAAAAUGUACCAUACUAUGUGGUCAAUUUGGUAGAUUUGGAAGAAUGUUCACAAUUUCUUUCAAUUUUAUUGGAAAAGGGAUCACCUUACAUGGGUAGAUCAUUCAUUAGUCGACAUUUGCUGAGAAUGAUGGAAAUUUACUUGAAGAAUAAUUUGAAGAAUUCAUAUGUGCAGGGAAGUACGUGUUCACAUGGAGCAAAUCGAAAGGGACAAUUUUCUGAUAUUGAAAUUGUGAUCAGUGAAUCCGAAAACUAUUAA